AUGGCUGAAAGCCAGAAGAAGAAAAGUGGCUUUAAAAAGUUCCUGAGGCUCAAAGGGUUUGGAAGUCUGAGUAGCAUUCCUCGCAGCUUUGGCUUCCGCAGGGUCUCCGUUGCCCCCAGACUCUCUGAGACCCACGGAGGGGGGUCGCUCUCUUCUAAAGGCUUCCUGACCCUCCGCUUUGAGAUUACUCAAGACGACUUGGGUGCUGGGCCCAAAAGCCCGUCGCAUUAUGCCUGCUCCAGCCACAUGUUCACCCACAUGGGCACCAUGCCCAGGGGCAGCACAAGACAGAAGAAGGCUGGGAGCCAGGGGGCAGAGAAGGCCUUGGAGCCAACGUUGCCAAAGGCCCCCAAGCUUGGAGAUGUGGAGAGGGCUGUUGCUCCACAGACAGGUUCUCCCUUGUGUGGAGAAAAAGCAGAACCCAACGAGAAAGAGAGGUCGUCUUCUAGAGUCAACAUUGGUCCAAGCAGCUCCUCAGAAGUGAUAGUCCAGGCUGAGAAGUCCUCCCGAGGUGUCCUUGAGCCCGGAGAGAUGAUGUCCAGCCCAGGAACGAAGGAGAAACCGAAGCAGGUAGAACAGGAUGGUCUUGAGAGGGCUCAGGAUGACCUUGAAGCCUUCCCCCUAAGUCCAUCCCACUAUGCCCAGUCUUGUGACGCCUACAGCCACCUGGGCACCAUGCCGAGGGCCCGUGCUGGGCAGUCCAAGAAGCCCGUCAAAGAGAAGAAGCCUACGAAGAAGACUCAACAAGACCUUGAGGAAGAUCUGCCCACAGAAGCAAUCCCGUCCGGUGAGGAAACUUCCAAGAAGGCUAGAGACCAAGAGACGGCAGGGACAACCUUAGAAGAGGACCUAGAACAAAGGCAUCCGGAUGGAUUAGGACCAUCAAGUGAAUAUGUUAAGUUCUCCAAGGAGAAGUACAUCCUUGACUCCUCGCCAGAGAAGCUUCACAAGGAGUUGGAAGAAGAGCUGAAACUCAGCAGCUCCGACUUGAGGAGCCAUGCCUGGUAUCACGGCCGCAUCCCCCGGGAGGUGUCAGAAAGCCUGGUGCAGAGGAACGGGGAUUUUUUGAUCCGCGACUCGCUCACCAGCCUGGGUGAUUAUGUGCUGACUUGCCGCUGGCGGAACGAACCCCUCCACUUCAAGAUCAACAAGGUGAUGGUGAAAUCCGGCGAAGGGCGCACCCACAUCCAGUACCUCUUCGAACAGGAGAGUUUCGACAACGUCCCGGCCUUGGUGCGCUUCUACGUCGGGAACCGUAAGCCUAUCUCGGAACAGAGCAACGCCAUCUUCUACUGCCCCAUCAACCGCACCUUCCCGCUGCGCUACCUGGAGGCCAGCUACGCCCUCUCCCACGGGAAGCACAGCAGCUCCCACAGCCACUCGGGCCACAAAGGCGGGCACAUCAAAAGGAGGAGCAUCACCAUGACGGACGGGCUGACCGCCGACAAGAUCACCAGGAGCGACGGGUGUCCUACCAGCGUCUCCUUGCCGCAUCACCGGGACAUCAUUCGGAACUGCGCCGUCAGCGUGGAUCAAAUUCAAGACCUCCACUCCCCGAUGUCGCCCAUCUCCGAGACCCCAGCCACUCCAGCUUAUAGCACUGUUACUCGCCUCAAACCACAAGCGAGCCAAGCUGGCAACAGUGCCACCCCGUCGUCCCCAGUCAUCCGACGCUCUAGCGAGCCGCAGCUAUGCCAGGGGAACGGCAGUAAGAGCGAGCUGUCAGACAGCCCCCACUCAACCCCUUCCCACGGAUGCUCGAGGGCGUCCCCUUCUCCAUCCGCCAGCAGUUACAGCGAUCCAGAUUCAGGACAUUACUGCCAGCUCCAUCCGCCAUCCCCGGUCCAGUGGGAUAGGCCAACGCCUGACAACAAAGUGAUGCCAACCAAGAGCUAUGUGGAGAGGCUAAAGGGGGACGAAUGUCAGCGAGGGUUUGUCCUGAACGGCUCUGAAGGAGAAACAGGGUCCAGAAAGAGGCCGGAGCAGGACAUGGUGGGUUUUGUGGUCCCGGUGGUGGAAAGGACAUCCUCGUUCAACCCCGCCCUGUUCCACUCCUUGCUUAUUCCGGGGGAAAACAAGCCUUUGGAAAUGGUGGUGCUGAAGAAGAUCAAGGAGCUGCUGGCCGAAGGGGACGCGAGGACUCUCGCCAAACACAUCACCCACGUGGAUUGCCUGGUUGCUAGGAUACUGGGGGUUACCAAGGAGAUGCAGAGGCUCAUGGGAGUCAGCUCGGGGAUGGAGCUGCUCACCCUGCCCCACGGACAUCAACUUCGGCUGGAUUUGUUGGAAAGGUUCCACACCAUGACCAUCAUGAUCGCGGUGGAUAUUUUGGGAUGCACAGGCAGCAUGGAGGAGCGGGCCUCUCUUCUCCACAAGACCAUUCAGCUGGCGGCCGAGCUGAAGAGCACCAUGGGCAACAUGUACAGUUUUGCUGCCGUGAUGAACGCGCUGGAAAUGACCCAGAUCUCCCGCCUGGAGCAAACCUGGACGGUUUUACGCCAGCGUUACACCGAGGGUGCCAUUCUGUACGAGAAGAAGCUGAAGCCAUUUUUAAAGAGCCUCAAUGAAGGAAAAGAAGGACCACCCUUAUCUAACACCACCUUCCCUCACAUCGUGCCUCUCAUUACUCUUCUGGAGAGAGACACGGCACUGCCAGACCACCCUGAACCCUGGGAGAACCUGGAUAAUGGUGUGGAGGUAGUUAUGGCCCACCUGGAGGCAGCGCGCAUGGUGGCUCACCAUGGGGGACUGUACCACACCAACGCAGAGGUGAAGCUGCAAGGGUUCCAACCACAAGUGGAGCUUUUGGAAGUCUUUAGUACUGAAUUUCAACUCCGGCUCUUAUGGGGGAGUCGGGGGGCCGAAAGCAGCCAGAUUGAACGCUAUGAGAAGUUUAACAAGGUCCUCACUGCCCUGUCCCACAAAUUGGAGCCAGCAGUGCGUUCGAGCGAGUUGUAGCUGGACAACAACGGGGGCAACAAGGUUGCAACCAAUGCGCCUGCAGCUUGCCUUCCUGCAGCAGUGGAUCUCAAGGAAUGGGACUCUUUGACCGAAAGGGAAGCAAGCUGAGCCCCCCCCAAAAGGCCUUUCCAGCAUGAAAUACUGACAAUCACUAGGUUGACUUUGUUCCUGCAAAACUUGACAACGACCAAGUUCCUCCAGACGACCAUGGCUGGUCUUGCAAACCAUGGAAGAGAAUGCACUGGCCAAGCAUGUUAGAUAUCAGCCAUGCAGAUUCGUAUUGAAGAUCUGCAGUGUGGUUCAACAAGGGAGGCAAAACUUCAGAGUUAAAAUUCAAUACUGAUUCAUAACCAAUUUCAUGUCUGGGUUUGGUGCCUCACAGUAGGGUUUGAAAUCAAAAGUGCCAGAAUCUUCUCCCUGGCUCCUUACAUUACUUUGAGGUUCCCCUGUUCUCUUCUUCAUCACCAUGAUUGGAGUAGAGUUGUUUCCAUCAGCUUUGGGGAUCCAGGGGGACUGAUCAGGGUUUGUUUAGUUCCCCAAAACCUCAGAUGGACCUGGGUGACAAGACACACCCAUAGACAGCAAGACAACCCCAAAAUUUAGCUUUUCUAUUUUCAUGGGCAUCUUUUAUCAUCACUAACAUUUAUUCUACACCCAAUUUAACCAAUCAACCAUAAGCCACCCAGAGCAGCCCCAUGACAAGAUAGUAAAUAAAUUUAAUAAUACAUUUAAAAAAUCAGGUAAAGUUAAGCCACUGCCAUCUUCCUUUCCAGAUACCCAAAGCCUCCAAUUUCAGUCCUUUCAUUGAUGCCAAGUUACAUUCCUUUAUUUUUUUAAAGCCUCUUAUUUUUUUGCUUCCCUUCAUUUUGGUGCAGGGAAUGAGGGUUGUUUUGUAAAUUAAAAAAAAAUCCAUACGGGGUGUAUAUGUACGUAUAUAUAUAUAUACAUAUGUAUUCAGAUCUCAUGUGUAAAUAAUUGACAUUGUUCUUUUGGGUCUUGUAAAUGAAUGUACAGAUACAAUGGAGUGUGUUUCCUCAAUUCUUGCAUACAAUAAAGUUUUAUGCUUUUUUUCUUCAAAAA